GUUGCUCCACCACGGGGCGAUCAGCGGCUAAUAAUAUUCAAAGACCUGCCACCACAACCUCACUAAGGUACAUAGAUAACUGCCCAAGUGGUUUUUGGGAAAUUAGAUGUGUGGAGGGGCAAAGCAGUCCUACUGAUUGCUAAAAGUGGCGGUCAAUUCAUACUUCACCUGGCACCCAUUCUUGUUCUCAUUCUACCAUUCCACGAAUACUUUUCCUAAAUUUAUCCAGCCUUCGUCAUGGGCGUGGACUGAAUAAAUAAAUCUGGGGUUUGCCUCCCGACCCGAAAAGCACCACCUCACCUCCCAUAACCGGCCAACCCGCCAACCAUCUCUCUUUCCUUCACACCACUGAAACGUCAAAAUACAACAGCAUGUCCGCCAGUCGAUCUAAUUUGAAGACCUCCCUUCCCUCGGCUCAUGCUGCUUCCACUCAGAUGUCCCAGAACAUGCGCCGUGCAUCACCAAAGCGCAAUGUGUCACGCCAGCAAAAGGGCCCUCCGACCAAACCAGACGCCGAUCCACGUCAUCUAGCUAUAGCUCUACAUCAUGCGCACCGUAUUCAGGCUCAGAAAGACACCGAAUCUCUUAUAUUGAGUCGCAUUCUCGAACUCGUCACGUUUCCUUCUUCCCCAUCGGCCGAUCCUGCCUCUCCGUCACCCGAAGAUGCCCGGGCUUUCAAAUCUGCCCUUAUACCCUUCCAGCCCGCAGACUAUGAUAAUUUAAUCCAGGAACGGAAUAUCGAAGGUCUAUGUGGAUAUGGUCUAUGCCCUCGCGAGCAUCGUAAGGACGAUUCUCGGGGGACUUACCGUAUAACGUGGGGUGCCAAAGGAAGCGGGCCUGGUGGUCGGGGACGGGAGAUGAACAUAGUUCCACGAGAAAAGCUUGAGAUGUGGUGUUCGGAUGAGUGUGCAGAAAGAGCAUUGUACAUACGGGUGCAAUUAGCCGAGGAGCCUGUGUGGGAAAGGCGUGCCGAUGACGCACGGGGUAAGAAUUUACUCUUGCUUGAGGAAGGGAGAGCGAGGACUCAGCGAGGGAAGGGCAAAGCAGCCACGGUAGAAAAAGUUACUGGUCAAUUGGGUAAUUUGCACAUGACUGGCACGCCAGGUUCGAGCGAUUUGACAAGUGAUAUGUCUAACCUCUCUGUUCACGAUGGUUCUCACUCCCAUGAACUAGCCCUGGAACGUGGAGAUGCGAACCCAGCAUUACGGGCCGGGCGAGUGGAUGUUCAGAUCCAAGAGAAGGAUAAUAUACCCUAUGAGCACGUUGCCGCACCGGAAAUGCGUCCCGGAGAUGAUAAAGGAGGUUCCAUCGAAGGAUACGUACCCCAGGAAUUCUGAAAAAAAAAAGAGAGAGAGAGAAAAGAAAGAAGGAAAAAAUGGAAAGUUGUUUCCCAAGAAUCUAACAUUAGACUCGUUACUUGCACGGUUUGCGCGUUUGCAGGAUGAUGAUACCCGGGCUAUGAAGUAGAUCCUCCGUAUCUAGACAAAUAAAGCCCUCUAUUUUAGUGAAAA